AUGUUGCCAUGGAUUGCAACUUCCACCAUCAUCACCAAACAUGCAGGGGACUGUCCAGAGUUCUAUGAUCUGGAGUUCUUCCUGUCCAAAAGUGAGGUCAAUGAAGCCGUUCUUCGAAUCCAAAAUGCAUGCAAGUCAGUGAAGAAGUGCUACUCACCAAAGAUCCCUGACAUAGCUGUUGAUGAGGAUGAGAAAUCCUUCGAGGCUGCUGAUGAGAAGAAAGAGAAAACUCAUGGAGGACAUUAUGAUGACCAAGGGCUAGCUGCUCUUGUCUGCCAUCAUGAUGUUCCUUUAUUUCUUGGAAAUGUAGAUACUCCUGGAGAACAGCAAAAGUACACUGUGAUGCUUCUCGACUGUGUCACUUCAAACCUUCCAGAGGCAGCCACCAUUGCAGUUUUGUAUGACAUCGGGUGUUAUGAUAUCUUUGCACCAGCAUUGACAGAACAACUCUUAUUUGUGACAUCUGCAAUGCAUGCCUAUGGGCACCAGUGGGCUUGCCAAUUAGUCUACAAUCCAUGGUUUCGAUCCAGCCUAGGGCUAACUGAUGGGGAGGGCAUUGAACAUUUUUGGUCAUGCAUUCAGAAGCUCAUUGGAAUCACCUGA